AUUAUCUUGCAAAUGUCAUAUCCGGAUUCAGUUCAUUAGUUAACAACCAGCUUUUAAAGUACGCAAUGGGAUAAAUAUUUCCUAUUUGCACUGGCGGAUUUAUGCUUCAAGUAGCCCAAUCUAUUACUAUAAAACCGAAACAUGCGUGCAUAUGAAUUAUGCAUUGGAUGUUUAAAUUUUGAAAUCCUUAUAUCCCCACAUUUUCAUUUUUCUGUAUCACUAGAUUUCUAAAUCCCCAAAUUUCCACAUUCCUAUAAAAACAAGGACAGGAAGAAGAAACAUUUCAUAUUAUAUUCCUUUGAAUAUUGAGCAGGCAGUAUUGACUGUAAUUCAAAUAAAUUAAAUAAUAAAAGGUCGUUAUCUUGUGGGCUCUAAGAAAACCAUCUUCAUCUAAGCGUAAAUACGUCACUGUCUGUUUGCGUUCUGUAUAAUAAAGUUUAAAAGUAUUGUUAUUUAACUUUAUUUAACAUCAGAAAUUAUCAAAGAGAAUCAGAUUGUUGUAACUGUAAUUUGUUAAAAUUAAAUUUAUAUAUUAAGAACUGUAAUUUUGUCAAUAAUGUCAGAUUUGUAAAUGAAAGUUUCUCAUGUUUACCAGUAAGGAGCAACUGAUAAAACGUACUGGAAAGAAUCCUAUCGGUCGUUACGAAUUUUUAAAAUUGUUAGCUACGGAAUAUAAAACCACUAAAUCUAAAGAUGCAAAAGAACAAGUUUUAGCAAAUCUUGCUAAUUUUGCUUAUGAUCCUAUUAACUAUGGAUAUAUAAGACAAUUACAAAUAAUUGACUUAUUCCUUUACGCAUUAUCUGAAAAUAAUGUCAAGUUGGUACGUUUUGCAGCAGGUGGCAUUUGUAAUUUAUGUGUUGAUCCAAUAAAUAAAUUGUAUAUUUUACGCAAUCAAGGAAUUAAACUUCUAACAUCGUUACUUGUUUCACAAGAUGAAGACACUGUAUUAUCAACAAUUACUAGUUUAAUAUAUUUAAUUACUCCUGAGUCAAAAGAUGAAAUAACAACUGAAGAUAUUGAAAAAAUAUCUGAGCUUUCAAAACAAGAAAGUAAUCGUAUUAAGAACUUGGCAACAAUAUUUUUAAAUGAUUAUUCUGCAUUGAAUAAUAAUACUGAAGAUUCUAAAAAUACAUAAGAAACAUAUGUUGGAAAAAAUAAAUAUACUAAAAAUAAAAUGAAGUUGUCAAAGCCAUUUUUUAAAUUGCUAAAAAGAUAUUGUACAGGAGUUUCUGGUUUAACAAAUUCAACAAAUAAUUUAAAUAAUAUAAAUACUGGUAGUAAAAUAUCAGUUUUUAAAACAAUCACAAAGAAUGAUGUUUUAAAUUUUGCUGAAUUAACUGGUGAUCAUAAUCCAGUACAUGUUGAAACUUCAAAUAAUCUUGUACAUGGUGCACUUCUUAAUGGCUUAGUAUCAGGAGUACUUGGUACAAAGUUACCAGGUCCAGGAACCUUAGUGCUGGAACAAAAUCUGACAUUUCCAGCACCAUGUUAUGCAGGAGAUACAAUAGAAAUAAAAGUAGAGAUUGUUUCCAUAAGAAAAAUUAUGAAAUGUGAAUAUAUUUGUAUUGCAAAUGGAGAAAAAAUAGUUUUAAAGGGUAAUGCAAAACUCAUUAAAAAGUUACCAAUUUCAUAAUGCUUCGUGGUAUUAUUAUCCAUAAUUCUAUUAAUUAAAAUACUGUAAAUUUCACAUUUACAUGUGUGCCAUACAAAUAAAGAGUAAAGCAAAUAUUUUAUACAACAUGUGAUUGCAAUAUUACAGUAUUAUGAAAUAUUGCUUAUUAAGUACAUAACCCAGUUCAGUUGCUGACACAUCAAAACAGUAUACCUUUAACAAAACCUGCAGUAACUUGCCAACUUUCAUUAAGUUCAUUCAAGUCAUUUGCUCAGUCGAAUCAAU